UAUUUUAAUUGCAUAAAGUAAUCUACAAAGAAGUUACACUAGAUUCGUAACGUCAGUGUCGUUUUAAACAGAAGUUAACGCUCAAAUCUUAGUCACCUGAGCCACCUUGCCGUCUCUACGCCUCCCACAUGCCAAUACCUUUCCCAAACCCUUACACCAAACGGUAAUCCACCGAACAAACGACGACGAUCGGACCCUUUCGCAUCGUCAACGUCUUCAGAGAAAGAACCUUAGCUGGAAGGGAAGAGAAGACUGGGACAACAAAAAAAACCUCCGAGGGUGCAGGCACACACCGUCGUCGUCGUAUUGAUUGACAAUAUCGAGAAUACAUUCAUUUUUUUUUUUCUUGUUCAACCCGUCGUCCAGAGACAAGCAGAACAACGGUCAUUUCGAAAUUUCGAGUAGUUUGGACAACGCUCGCGCGAUCAGCGUUGGCGCUGCGCGUUUUGACGUUUCCCAAGACGUUUCUAGUCGGUGUUCAACUGGUCGUUUUGCGUCUGCUUUUCUGUGACCGGGUUAUUUCGCUUCAUUUCGUUAAUAUUCCUCCUUUCAGCAGUGUCGCGUCGCAGGAGAGGCCGAGCCCAAGCGCUCAUUUAAAUUAGUAUGCUCGAAAACGCGCAACCGAGAAGACUGACUCGCUGAUCGGAGUCGCCGCUAAGCCGUUUCGUGUUUGGUUCGGGAGUUCCUGCGUGGAAACCGCGUCGGCUUACGGGUUCAGUGAGUUUUAUUGUGUACUACAUCGACUGUUAAUUGCGCGGGACUUAAUUUUCCGUGUGCUUGCGGAACGUAAUUACCUGCGGAGUUGUCCCAGUUAUUUUGGGGCCGAAAACUUGGACCGCGAAGAUUUGGUGUUAAUUUGGUCAUCCAACUAGACGCAUCACGUGCUAGCUGCUCCGAAAUUACGCGAAAUGAUGACAGCCUGGUCACGAGAAGCACCGAAUCGAACCUGACAGAACAUAGCUAAGCGCAGAUAAAAUCUUAACCAGCUAAAGUCGCACGAGCCAAACAAGUCCAGCUGACGAGAACGAGCUACCGCCAAGAAAGCAGAGAAGAGAGAAGAGGGCAUUAAAUUAAUUACAGCGAACCUCCCCAAUUUCGUGGAAGGAGUGUCCUCAAAUGAGGUCGACCCAGUCGGCAACCACCUUCAACGGGGAGGUGCUGCUGCUGUGCGCAGAAGCCUCGCUAUGAAGCGGCGACCCCCGCGGGUUCUCCAAAGAAAGCCACGAUCCUCGAUCAUCCGAGUAGCGAAGUUGCCGGUCAUCGCCAUGCGCCGGAGAAGCUGAAGGAACGGGGGAGGUUUUCUUCACCAUCUGUGAUUUUUGAACAUUCCACGCAAACCUCGCAAACGAUCGCGUAUAUUAGGAAAGAUCUUUAGAUCGUAAACAAAACAAAUUGAAAAAAAAUGGCACAGGGAAACUAUGUCAGCAAGUACUCGGGCGAGUUCUGCAAGCUGGUCGUCGAGGGUGACCUCGCCAAGAUCAAGUCCAAGUUCAAGGACUUUGUGCUGGACUACCAGACGCCGGACGAUCUCAACACCCCGCUCCAUCUGUCCAUCAUUGCCCAGCAGAACCGCAACGAGAUCAUGCAGUUUCUCAUCGAGUCCGGCGCGGACUGUGAUCUGCGCAACUCGAUGAACCUCACCGCGUCCGAGCUGGCCAUUAACCUGAACUUCCUCGACGUGACCAAGUUUAUGCUGGCGAUCGAGUUCCGGAAUCUCUCCGACUAUCGGUGCUUCUACCGGUUGAUUCGCCGAGGUUCGGUACCACUGCUGCAGCUGUUCCUCGAACUGAAGAGCUUCGACGUCCACCAGCAGAUCCACUUUGUGUCCAGCGUGUGGCACGAGCUGUACGUCAAGAACGUGCAGAUCUCCAAAAACAUGGAAAACUUUCUCGAAUACCAACUGCUCAACUACAGCUACGCAUAUCAUCACCCUCCGAGCCAAAAGCCCGAUCGGCUCAAGUUCGACAAAGAGCACGAGAACCGCAUCGAUCUGAUCGUCGAAUACACCCGGUACCUCACGACCAACUACGCCACCGACAAUCUCAACGACUUUGACGACAAGUUCCUCCUGGCAAUCAAAAUCAUCUACGACAACCUGUUCUUCAUCAAAGACAAGCACGAGUUCGCCCACCUCCCCAUGCUGGAGCUGGAACGCUGCCUGGCGAUCUUCCUCGCCAUCUUCAAGAAAAGCCCAGAGUACGAAAUCUACAAACUGAUCAUCAACAAAAAGCAGCUGCUCCAAUUCCUGACCGCAUUCUGUGACGAACUGGACAAGAUCAAGAACGAACUCCUAGACAAGGAAAACCGCACCGCGCACAAAUGGACCAACGAUCUCCUGCUACACCUGAUCAACUGCAUCCGUGACGCUGCACCCGCCAAGUCCACCAAAGCGAUCAACGCGCUGUGGACGAAAAAAUGUCCCCUCAAAAAGAAACUCAUCUACUACAUCAAAGCCCGCCUAAAAGCCAACCCAGAGCUCAACUCGAUCCAGUCCCGACUAAUCAACAACCUGUCCAAAGCGGAACUAGAAAUCAUCCGAGCCGAAAUGAAAACCCCGCAGUUCCUCAACCUGACGCGAACAAUCUCCCGCAAAAACUACGUCGUGUUCAAAAGGCUCCGUAAUAUCUCGGACCACCUGUCCCAACUGUACGCGAUCAAGAAGAUCCUCCGCUACCUGGACGGAAUCGCCCGCGUCCAGCUGCCCCAGUACCAGGUUUCGGGGACGCUCGCCCUCAAACGCACCCUCCAAGUUCUGGCGGACACCACCAGCAGUACAAAAUACGGCCCGCGGAUUCAGCGCAAGCUCGAGUACGUGGUGCACAAGAUCCUGCCGCUCAACCUGGACAUCGAGCUGCGGGACUACUACACGCCAAACGUCACCCUGUACAAACUAUGCUCGGACAAGCUGGAGAACCGCCUGAUGCCGUUCGCCGAAGUGCAAUGCAGUCUCAAGUCGGUGCGGCGAUACUUUUCGUACAUCUUCGACCUGAAGAUCCUGGAAGCGUACAAGUGCUAUCUGGGGAACGUGUAUCAGCUGAAAGAUCGCGCCCAGGUGAAGAGCUACAACCAGUACGUCGGGGAGGCAAAUCGGCUGUACUUUGAGAAUCACACCCUUGAUGAUCUGUACUUCGAGCUAGAAGACUGUAUACGAGUGGUGGAGGAACUGCAAGACACGUUCAACCAGCAACACGACGACAAAAUCAGCGACCUCCUUAGGUGCAUCCACAAACCGCUGAACCAACGGUACGAGCAACUCCUACGCGAAGGCAAGACACUUCUCAACACAAUCAGUACAAACUUCAACACGUGCAUGCUGCUCGGAUCUGCCAACCAGGACAUGUCCAGGGUGAAACGAAUCGUGCACUCGUUCCUCGCCGAGCAGUACCCCAAGUACGACAUCAGCACCGACAGCCAGCUGGUGACGGUCAACUUUGUCCUGCAGGAAAUGCUGCAUCUCUUCACCAACUAUCUGUACCAGUACCAGAUGGACGAUCGCGUCUCGAAGAACUUCAUCACCAUGAUCAACGUGCUGAACGUCGAGCGUUACUUCGCAAUCGACCACUUUAUGCCCCAGCGGGGCAAGGAGUACGAAAGUCUGAUCCACCAGAACUACACCAACGAAAUCCUGAAAAAGUUCAACCUGCAGAAUCUCAGCUCGAUCGAGUUUGCCGUACUGCACGAGCAGCUCGCCGUCAACUACUACGACAACUGCUUCAACCUGGACAAAAAGUACGCCGUGCUGACGAUGUUCCUGAAGACGACCAACCGACAGAUCAACGACGCCAUCAUGAAGCGCAACAAGCGCAUGGAUCGCGAAGAGUUCCAGUCGUACGCGGAGAGCAAACUGAAGCUGAUCGGGCAGUUCCUCCCGUGCAGCGACUUCAACGAAGUGACGCAGUUCAUCAACGAAGCCGCUCCACACGUCGAGUUUGCGCUGGAGUUUUGCCUGCUGGAGAUCUGCGAAAUCCUCACCGAUCUGAACGUGUUCCAGGACAAUGCGUACGUGCUGAAACUCCAGUCGUCCAUCAUCAGCGGAAAGAACCUUCGGGAAUACCUGCUGCACGACCCGCUGGCGUACGACAUGCUUACGCUAACGCACAGCACCAAGGUUAAGGUAUUUCUGAACGGGUUGAUUUUCAAGAGCAACGACUUCAAACUCUACCAACCGCCGAACAACCUGAAGGUGAACGUGAGUGAUCUGGCCACGAUCAACGAGAAUCUCAUCAACAGUUACAAAACAAAGUGGAGCUGGGUCGAGCAGCAGGAGCGACUGUUCAAGUCGGUGGAGAACAUCGACCUGAAGCUGUUGCAAGCGCUGACGCCGGACUACGCCGAUGUUCGUGGGAUGAGGUUGGGAGCGCUGCAGGACGAGGCACCGAUCGCGGAGUACGAGAUUAUCGACUACACGAUCAAGAACAACCUGAAGGCGAUGAUCGACUUUUUGGCGGAGGACGUUCAGGCGAUUUCGUUCGAGAAGCAGCAGUUCUUCCAGUACUUGCUGGUGCGAAGUUUCGGCUCGUUGUUCGUGGAUGCGCACAUCAACCUGACCGGUCAGUACGAGCGUCAGGCGACGAUCCUGUACAUGGCGCUGUACUUCCGCGCGUACGAAGUGUUUCUGGAGAACGUGAAAAAGUUCGAGCUGAGCAUAAACCUGUCCAAGAUUGCCCGGUACAUCAACGCCGAGUUUAUCGACAAGAUCGCCAAGCAGAUGAAGGACAUCAGCUGGAACUGCCAGGACGAGAACGGGAUGACCGUGCUGGAUCAGUGCAUCCAAAAGGGGGACGUGCAAGCGGUGAAGAAGCUGAUCAAGCUGAACGUGGACGUGAACCUGGGCAAUGCGGACAGCACGACGGCGCUGCAUCGGGCUUGCAGUUUGGGGUUGAACGAUAUUGCGCGGUUUUUGGUUAAACAAAGCGGACAGCUGAACGCUUGCAACGAGCUGGACUACCUGCCGGUGACGUACGCGAUUCAGUACCACGAAAACGAGCUUAUUCCGAUGCUGAUCAACGAUCAGGUGGACGUGAAUGAGGAGCGGUACGCGUUGGUGAGCAGAUCGAUCCGGUAUGGGAACUUGGACGCGUUGAAGUAUCUGCUGGAGACGCGACAAGUGUGUUUGACGACGAUCGCGAACCAGGAACACAAUACGCUACUUCACCUGUGUGCGAUACACGAUCAGGGUGAGAUUUUGAAGUACUUGAUCAGCAGCCACUCGCGGUACGUGCAGGACAAUCUGAACAAGCAGAACUACUACUCGAAGACGGCACUGCACAUUGCGGUCAGCGCCGAUCGGUACCGGAUCGUGGAGUUGUUGCUCCAGCUGAAGGCUUCCAUUGCGGUGGUGGAUCAGUGCGGACUGAACGCCGUCGAGUGGGCGAUUGAGCGAAGCAGCGUGAAGAUGCUGAAGCUGCUGGCAAAGUACGGCUUCGCGCAGCAGAAGCUGUCGAUCCCGUUGACGAUCGCCGUGGAGAAGAAAAACGUUCGACUGCUGAAGCUGCUGAAACGGAUGGGCUGUGGGGUUGGUUUGGAGCCGCUGUGUCUGAUCAAGGCCGUGUACGCGCAAUCGGUGGAGCUGGUCAAGUUUUUGGUGGAGAGUAACAAGCAGUGUUUGAACUACAAAGAUCCUUAUGAUAGCUCGGCGCUGCACGUGGCGAUCGCGAUCGGUUGUAACGAGAUCGCGGCAUUUUUGAUCGAGAGUGGUUCGGAAAUCAACGCGGUGACGAGGUUUGGCGAUACGCCUCUCCACGUGGCGGCGAAGCACUGUAACAUCAUAGCUGCACGGAUGCUGAUCCUGAAGUAUGCGGCGAUCGACGAACGGAACUCGUCCGGGUUGACGCCGCUCAUGCAGGCGAUGUACUCGAAGAAUUUGGACAUUAUGAAGCUGCUGAUCGGGGCUGGUGCGAACAUCGACCUGCUCAAGAUCCACCUGGCGGAAAUCGAGCAGAUGUCCAAGAUCCCGACGAUCCACAUGUUCGCCGACAACUACGGCCUGCUGGAGUUUAUGAUCCUGCAGCUGCAGUACGAUCCAAACGUGCGCGACGGCCGCAACCAGCAGAACCUGCUGCACAAGGCGUGCUACGGUAACAACCUGCAGAUCGUGCAGUUCCUGGUCGACUGGUGCCGCGUGCAGACGGAACAGCAGGACACCAACGGGCGGACGCCGCUGGCGAUCGCCAACGAGUGCAAAAACUUUGACGUGGCCGAGUUUCUGCGCGGCAAGAAGAGGAAAAAGUCCCAGAUAACUCCCCAGCGGUACUUUGACCCGACGGGGAUGAUGUGAGGAACGUUUCCGUUUCUUUAAGAAGCCCGUUGAUUUAGCAUUUCAGGUUGACGUCUUCCGUACCCCGCAGAACGAUCGCUGGGCGAGCUAGCUGCCAAACAACUCUCUACUGCAAUGGAUAGUGUGUGAUUCUUUCACAGCGCGCCGAACUCCCGUCCAGUCUGUUCAGCACCGUGUGCUGCUGCUGUCUCGGGAUGUCCGGUUCCAGCGAUCUCGUUCCAACGUCGAUCGCCAAAGCCGGUACGGAAGACUUCAACUCCAGCUGAAUCGAUGCCACGUGCGGUCGGUGUCCACUUGGAGUGCGAUUCAGCCGAUUUUGACCGAAAGUUCCUCUUUUUUAACGCGUGAGACUAGCACGAGAUCGUCACAACGGGACUCGCAACAUCUCAGCGGAGAUGAUCGCGAUUUUUUUUAAUACAAGCUUUUGCGCGCGUGAGUUCCACAAUCGUCACGACUCGUGGUGGCCUCCCUCCACUUAGCAUUACAAAAAUUCGAGCUGAAUCCGCUUCAGGGACGCGACACUGCCCGCGCAGAAUCCCCGUUUCGAGGUUAAUCUCCGUUCUAGUCAGUGCGUGGGAGAUGUGUUUGAGUGCCAUCUUUCCCAUUCAUGAUCCCGGCGAAUCAAAACGAACCGCUCCAGAAGCCUUAAGGAGGUGUUAGACUACGACAAACAAAUACGCAACUUUUUCGGGUUUCGCAGUAACAUAACCAAACUUUUCCCGGAUCGCUUCCGGAAAAGAUUCGGCAGCAAUUUUGUAUGGUUUGACGUUUGCGAGGAAAGUCGAAAAAAUGUAAACAAAUCACUUCGUGCAUCAGCCAAGGCUAAAGUUUCUGCAAAUAAAUGCAGGCAAACUUUUUUGUUUGUCAUAGUCUAAUACCUCCUUUAUCGACAUUCUGAAACAAUUAAACUCUCUUGCAGCAAGUUGCAACUCACUAAAAUCUCAGAGAUAUUCUUUAAAAAACACUCUUUUCGUUUUAUCUGUUUUAUCUAUUGAACGUUUGUUUUCUUCGUCUACUAAAUCCUAUCGAGCGCUGGUAAAGUCCGCACAGAUGGCAACCACGUCAGAGAAGGGGGCAGUGUUGCCAAAAAACUAUUCCUACUACACCUAACGACUAAAACACUAUACUAUUACUACUAUUACUAGUGCGAUACACUAUUAAAUCGCGCGAUCAGAAGAGUUUAUAUAUCAGUGUAAUAAGAAUAUAUCUCCCAGAAGUCUAGUUUUUUCCCGGAAAUUAGAAACUACAAACAAUCUAGAUUUUAAUCGUGAUUUACUGUGUAAAAAUGUGUGAUUUUGCGCAUAAACAAUUGAUCGUGAGUAGAUCAGUUUUAAGAGAAACAUCAGCAAACAAGAUAUGAAAAACUUAGAACAACACAACUUUCCUUUUAACAAAAAAACUCGCAGAAGUAUAGCUCUAAGAAUAUUAUUUUUGUUUAGCAUGAAGGCGUAAACAACAGACAAGAUAGACAACUACACUUAAGAUAAGGUAAACAAAACAGAACACUAACACAUUUUAUCGUACCUUUAAGUAACGAAACCUCGCAUAUUCUUUCGCCACGGCAAAUCACAGACGAUUUCGGAAAGUUCCCCUACGCAAUCUCCCGAACUGUUAGAGAGAAACAACUUCCAAAUAAGAACAAAAACCUCGCAUAAAUAGAAUAACAAAAACAAAAGCACCACCAGCACCAACUGGGUGGUGACAGCUCGAAGCUUCGGGAGCAACGUUGGGAACGCCGAAACGUCGUCGGUGAUGGCUGCCGCGGCAAGGAAAAACUAUAAAAUAUAAAUUAUUUAUUAGGUAGACACUUGUUAUGCAUGCACCAAAUUUAAUAUAAUAUAUUAAAUUUCAAUGCAUCAUAGUGACAAACACAAACAAACAAAAAAGAAUACUAAAAACUCGCAAUCAGACUCGCAUCAAAAAGGAAGAAGAAGUAAAAUAGUCUAAAAUCAAAAUCCAAGGACAAACAGAGCAGCCAGAAUCACUAAAAACCCUUAAAAAAAGGGUCCGCAACAAUCACUCAAGAAGCAAAUACUUUGAAGGAAGGAAAAUAGACUGAAAUCCAAAAAAAUCGCAAGAACAUGCCAAGCGAAACAAGAAGGGAAAUGGAAAUCAUAAAUGAAACGUAAAGUAAAUCAACUUUAUAAAGCAAAAAAAAGUCAUGCAGGUGUCUCUGUUUAAUGUCUAACGUUUAAAACAGAAAUAUAUGAAAAAAGGCAAACUAUAAAAAAGAAAAAGUAAACAAAAUAAAAUCCUAACCUCCAAAAUGUCACCAAAGUUGGAGCUGUUUAUUCUCUGUCGGUGUUCAAAGGCUCGCCAAAUGAAGUAGAACGACACUGCCUUAUGGGCGAGUCUUUGUGGAAAAAUCUACAAUUCCAACUCGGUGGCGGCGGUGAGGAAACAAAAAAAUCAGAAAACGCACAAUACAUUCCAUGUUCGAGAGCAAGUGAAGAACAAAAGUUUUCGACUUAUUUGUAAACAUUCCAUAAAUAGUUAAAUAUUUUUGUUUGAACAAACAGCAGCAGCACGAAGAAAAAAAAUCAACCGUACAAACACAAAACCCCCCGUUUUAUUUCGCAAUAACCAGUGUCAACUUUUUAUUUUGUUGAAUAAAAUUUAUCGAAAUUUGGAAA